UGGAAGGUAUUACUGUGUAUUCUGUUAGUUAUAAUCUAUAAAUUCUGUAAAAGUUCUGAUAUAAAUGAUGGAUCUCAAGAUUCAGAAGAACAAAAACGAAUACAAUGGAUCAGAUUGUCUUGUUCUGAUUUGAAGACUAAAAUAUUAGAAGGAGGGGGAGAUGGUUGGAUCCAGGAAUAUUUAGCUGUCAGCCCAUAUGAUCUGAUGUCUCUCUUUAAGCCUCCAAGUUUAAAGGUUGUACAUGUAAACAAAAAGCAUCACAUUGCCAGCUGUGUACCGUAUAAAUCUGGAAGUGAAUCUGCCAGAUAUUUGAUCAGUUCUCUGAGCGAUGGAGAACAAGAAGAAAUUAAAACUAUGGAAGAACUGCAAGAUUUCACUAAAAUUAUACAGGUGAGGGAACCCUUUGAAAGGUUAUUAUCUGCCUACAGGUUCACAUUCGAGAAAUCAGAAACUUUAGGCUACCCCAUGAGCUUGUCCACACAAAAUUUCAGCUCAUUCAGUCCAGCUGUUUGGCCGAAAGAAGAUGGGACUCAGAUACCAUCAUUCCAGCAGUUCAUCGAGUACAUAGGUGUAGGGUUUAGUAAACACGGGAUGGAUAAGGAUUUAUACAUCUCAGGAGCUCCUCUUCAUUGGGUCCCUCAGUACAUGCAGUGUAAUCCUUGCAGUACACAGUACAACCCGGAGUACUUGAUUAAACUUGAAUCUUGGAUUCAUGAUACAACAUUACUUCUAGACUCGAUAAAUAUCACGACGGACAGAACUUUCUACUUAUUAAACUCAACACCCGGAGGCCAUUCUUCAGAUCUCAAGCUCCUUAAACAAUAUUAUUCAAAGAUUUCUGGUAAACAGAUGGACAGAAUAUACUUCCAUUAUAGACCAGAUUUUCUCCUGUUUAACUACACAUAUUCACAGUUUAAAGAAAAGCUCUCUACUCCUUAGUAUCAUUUUUAAAUAAAUCAUGGAAAUAAAUAUUCUUACCAAAAGAACUGAGUUUUUGUCACAAACUU